AUGACCACGAUCCCCGGUUAUGCUCUACGCAGAAAUGGGUCUUGUCUUAGCACCGAGAAUGACUGUGGUCCAACGACCUCCCCGUUCCAUGCUUGCUGCCCUGGAAACAUGUUCUGCCCAGGCCCCCAGCACAAUGUCAUCUGCUGCGAAUCCAACGCAGAUUGCAACCAAAAGAUCGACGAUAAUUGCGCCGAUCUCACGACAGAUCUAUACUCGACUAGUUCUAACCUGACAGCCGAUGCAUUUUGCUGCGCACAAGAUAAACAUGGCUUCUCUUUCGAAGGUGGUGGAGCUGGAUGUGCAGACCAACUGUCUGAUUUGAUAAUCGGCCAGGUUGAGCUACGAGUUCUGUCCUCUGCUGAAGUCACACCCACACCCAGCUCACGACAUAUCUCCUCUACAACCGUCCCUACUCCGACCACUUCUACCAUUCCAUCUUCAAGACCCAGUCCCACGAGUGUGAGUGAACCUACUUCAGCUUCAUCAACCAAUGUUGGGGCUAUAGCAGGUGGCGUUGUCGGUGGUGUUGUCGGAGUGGCCAUUGUGGCCGCGCUUUUUUGGCUGCUUCUACGCCAACGAAGAAAAUCGGCGUCAGCAGACAACUCGAGCAUUGGCCACUCUCAAUUUGGAAGCCCCUCACAGUCUGUAUUCAGCUCCCGAUUCUCGAAGAAUGAUCAUCAAGAACAUCCGCAGGAGCUUGGAACCAGAGAAACACAACUUGCAGAGCUAUCAGGUGGACCCAGCACUUGA